CGCUUUCUCAUCACGCGGCAUCUUCCAGAGGUCUUCGACUCUGCGUUUCUGCCCGUAUCUCCCGCCCUCGCCGUUGCGCUUCCGCUCAGCCCCGUCGCCGCCGUGUCGCCACCACCCUCGCCAGCCUCGCCAUUUCCCUUCUUAACGUCGCCCGUCGCCCCGGCCGCCUCACAUCAGCCGAGCCGAGCUAAGCGAAGCGACGCCUCCAGGCUCCAGAAGCAAGCCCCUCGUGAUCGCCGAAUUCUCCUAGCGACGGAAGGGGGAAAACCGAGUGAAUUGAAGCGAGGGCGUUUCCAGCAUGAGUAAGGGGGGAAAAUGAGAGCGUCCUUUUUGAACGGCAACAGUUCCAGUCUUUUUCUCAGAAGCAUCGUCCGUAGUUGCAAUCGUCUUGCUUUAGGAAGCGUUUGGAGUCCUCUUAAGGCGCGAAGCCUGACUAAAACGGCAGGGCUCUUGAGUUGCAAAUUGAUGUCGGCGAACACGCCGGUGGUGCGAGUGAAGGAGAAGAUCGGUUUGACAGAGAAGGAGAAGAUGAUCUUUGAUCGGCUUCUCGCCACUGUUCGCCAUUUUGAUCUCCCUACACAGCUGCGGGUUGCUGGUGGCUGGGUCCGUGAUAAGCUUCUAGGGAAAGAUUGUUAUGAUAUCGAUAUUGCUCUUGAUGACAUGUUGGGUAGCACAUUCGUUGAUAAGGUUACCCAAUAUUUGGCGUCAACAGGGGAAGAGGCACAAGGUCUGGCUGUUAUCCCAAGCAACCCAAACCAGUCAAAACAUCUGGAAACAGCGAGGAUGCGCCUCUAUGAUAUAUGGAUAGAUUUUGUGAAUUUAAGGUCUGAAAAGUACAGUGAUAAUAGCCGCAUUCCCACCCAGAUGGAUUUUGGCACUGCAGAAGAGGAUGCUUAUAGAAGGGAUUUAACUAUAAACAGCAUGUUUUACAAUAUCAACACCAGCUUGGUUGAAGAUUUAACUGGGAGAGGAAUUGACGAUCUUAGAUCAGGAAAAAUUGUGACACCUCUAGCCCCAAAGGAAACGUUUCUGGAUGAUCCUCUGCGAGUUCUUCGUGCCAUUCGCUUUGGCGCAAGGUUCAGUUUUACAUUGGAUGAAGAGCUGAAGAGAGCUGCUGCAUCCAAUGAUGUCAAAGAUGCACUUGCAGCUAAAAUCAGUAGAGAGCGCAUUGGAACAGAAGUUGAUCUGAUGGUAUCGGGCAAUGGACCAGUUAAAGCUAUUGCUUACAUCUAUGAGUUGCAAUUAUUUUGGGUUGUCUUCAGUCUACCUCAUGAACAUGAACCGACAUUGCCAGAAGAAUGCGAUAGGGUCUGCUUGGCUUAUAUGGAUGCUGCAUGGAGCCUUCUGCAGCUAAUUGGGUCGUUAUCUCUUACUGAUGAACAAAGAAGGUUGUCCUUGUAUGCAGCUCUGUUUUUCCCAUUCAGAACCAUCACAUAUGAAGAUAACAAAGGCAAGAAGAUUCCAAUUGUCAACUACGUUUUUCGAAACUCUCUCAAGCGAAAGGCUAGCGAUGCUGAGACAGUCGUCAGUGUACACUCUGCUGUGGCGAGACUGCUUAGCUUAAUUCCCUUUCUUGAAUCAAAUGUUGACGGAGAGCUCAAUGAAGAUGAUAUGGGCAUUGAACUUGUUGAUAUCCCUGCUUCGUCAAAGCUGCGGGUAUUAACAGGAUUUCUCCUGCGAGAAGUAAAGGAUUUCUGGCGAGUUGCAUUAUUGAUUGCUCUGCUGGCUUAUCCCUCUCCUAUUGGCUGCUCUGAAGAUGCCAUGUUCAAGCACACCGAAUUAGACAAGAGAAAAAAGGUGUUCCAGGCAGUUGAGAAUGCUAUUCUCAAAUUAGGCCUGGAAAAAAUAUGGGAAGUGAAGCCUCUAGUCACUGGAAAGGACAUUAUGAAUGUUCUGCAGCUCAAAUGUGGAGGUCCAUUGGUUAAAGAAUGGCAACAAAAGCUACUUGUGUGGCAGCUGGCAACCCCGGCUGGAACUGCAGAUGAGUGCCUCGAAUGGAUGAGGCAAACUCAUUUAAAGCGAAUAAAAAUGGAGUGAAUUGAGGGAAAGGUCUGUGCAAGCUAUGGCAUUUUAUUUAUUUUAUUAUUAUUAUUAUUUUUUUUUUUGUAGUUCAAACGUGUUUCGCAGGGUCUGGAACUCAGCCAUGUUUGUCCAGAAAUGCGUGGGAACUUUACAGCAUAUGAUAUCAGAAGACUAGUUUCAAAAUCACGUUGAUGACUGGCCGGUUUAGGAUGUAAAUUCAAAGGCUGUUGGUGGAAUUGUCUACAUUGAAGUUUUGACUACCAGUGUCCUGUUUUACAGAAGAAAGAGGAUACGUCUGUUAUGGUUGGAUACAUCAUCUCCAGUUAAUACCAAAGAGCACACCAUCUCUUUCUGUGCGAGCAUGGAUUUUUUGGACCAUGAAAAUUUUUGCAUGAAUAACUACAUUGUAUGAGCAGUGGUGAAAUUGAAAAUGGCAGAACAAAAUGAUUGCGUGAUGGCUUUUAGCUUCUUGUUAUUCUGAUUGACCAUCCAUCUGGGUCUUCAGCUUGAUCAAAUAAUUUACACGAUCCAUUCCCUUGUGCUUUAUAA